AUGAUACUCAUGCCAUUAUGCUGUAGACACUAGACACCCAUUGAACAAACUCUGCUGCUUCACAACUCACAAUCCCACUGUUGAACCUGCUAUCCCUUCAACUUCAAUUUCAAUUUCGAUUUUCCUUUAAACAAAAUGCAAAUGCCAUUGCAAUGUAAAGUUAGUGUAGUAGAACCAUUCAACAUAUUUUCUCCAAAUAAAUUAAUGGCAGCUUCAUCCAUAAUUCCCACUUGUUUCCCAUUCAUUCCGUUUCCAGUCUUCUCCCGCAAAACGGCGUCGUAUAGGUGCGUUUCCGCCGAGAAAGCGGCGGUUGCAUCAGGGCCGGAAUUUUCUGUAACACCCAGGAAUAAGUCUGAUGUUGAUUAUUUGGGGGAGAGCACUAAAGGCGAUUUUAAUGUGAAUUUUGACCAUUUUGAAGCUUUUGGAGGGGAAACUCAUGUUACUAUGGAUGGUCCAAUUGAGGAGAUAGCUAAAUUGGAAGCUGAAGGUGCUGAGAAUUUGCUUCGUCACUUGGGAAUUCCGGGUCCCUUUUCUGCUACUCAUUCUCCUCGUGGCAUAUUUUGCUCCCGUACCCUCAAUCUUCGGUCAAUCAGUGCCAUUGGAUAUGACAUGGACUACACUUUGAUGCAUUACAAUGUCAUGGCCUGGGAAGGGCGAGCUUAUGAUUAUUGCUUAGAUAACUUGAGGAACAUGGGGUUUCCAGUUGAUGGUCUUGCCUUUGAUCCAAACUUGGUUAUCAGAGGUCUUGUCAUAGACAAAGAGAAGGGAAACUUGGUUAAGCCAGAUCGAUUUGGUUAUAUAAAGAGGGCUAUGCAUGGAACGACAAUGCUGUCGACAAGAGCAGUAAGUGAAAUCUAUGGAAGGGAAUUAGUGGAUCUUAGGAAGGAGAGUAGAUGGGAAUUCCUUAAUACCUUCUUCUCUGUUUCAGAAGCCGUGGCUUAUAUGCAGCUGGUUGACAGGCUGGAUGAAGGAGCGGUUGCAGCUGAAGUUGGCCCACUUGAUUAUAAAGGGCUUUACAAGGCUGUUGGAAAGGCUUUGUUCAGAGCACAUGUCGAAGGGCAACUAAAGAGUGAGAUUAUGUCAAAACCUGAAAUGUUUGUAGAGCCCGACCCAGAGCUUCCUUUAGCUUUGCUUGAUCAGAAGGAGGCUGGUAAAAAGCUUUUGGUGAUAACCAAUUCAGAUUUUCUUUAUACGGACAAAAUGAUGCAGCACUCCUUCAACAGGUUUCUUCCUAAUGAUAUGGAUUGGCGAGAUCUUUUUGACAUGGUUAUAGUCUCUGCCAGGAAACCAGAAUUUUUUCAGAUGUCACACCCUAUGUAUGAAGUAGUGACAGGAGAAGGUCUGAUGCGCCCUUGUUUUAAAACACGUACAGGGGGUCUGUAUUCAGGUGGUAGUGCCCAGAUGGUUGAAAGCUCCCUUGGUGUUUCUGGUGAUGAGAUAUUAUACGUUGGUGACCAUAUCUAUACUGAUGUAAGCCAAUCUAAAGUCCACUUGCGGUGGCGUACAGCAUUAAUUUGUCGAGAACUAGAAGAAGAGUAUACUGCUUUGAUAGGUAGCCGAGCACAUCGAACCUCUUUAAUAGAGCUAAUAAAUCAUAAGGAAGUUCUUGGGGAUCUUUUUAACCAGCUUCGCCUUGCUCUUCAGAGGCGAAUGAACGAUCGACCAGCUCAGACAUUUGCAGCGACCAAACUGGACGAUCAUGAACUUAAAGAAAGCAUACAGAAGCUGCUUAUUGUGAUGCAAAGAUUGGAUGAGAAGAUUGCUCCAAUGUUGGAAUCAGAUGGAGAGCUUUUUAACAAAAGAUGGGGAUUCCUUUCUCGUGCUGGCCUGUGGGAUAAGAGCCACUUGAUGAGGCAAAUUGAGAAAUAUGCAGACAUAUAUACAUCUAGGGUUUCGAAUUUUCUUCAUUACACCCCAUUCAUGUAUUUCCGCUCUCAGGAACAGAAUCUAGCGCAUGAUUCGUAUUCCUUUUACUGUACACUAUCCGAUGAGGAAUCAUAGAACAGCAUGCUAUUUGUAACAGUAGAAUCCGACUCAACCAGGAAGUCGAAGCAUCUAGUUUUCAUUUGAUAUGAAUGGAAAAGCGAUGAAGAUAACGUAGAUAUUGUAAUGCGUCUUUCUUGUAUCAUGUCGUAAAACCUUUUGAGCUAGUACACAUUUUUAAAAACUUCAUGGAUAGUUGGUAGAAUUGAAUUGGAUAUUAUUGCUUCAGGAGAAGAACUCAUCCGAUUCAUCUUUGCAGAUUUUGGGUUUAUUUCCCCUUCACUA